AUGGACAACUAUUCUAACAAAAAAAAAAAAUUGUUUUCUAAUGAAACGAAUCGUUUAGAGUUUCGAAUUAAAACAACGAGAUCCAAGAUUGCCUUCUCUGUUCCGACACCGUUGCCUUGUCCCUCCGCCGCCGUCAACUAAAUUGUUCUCACACUCAACUUCCUUCCUCCACAAUUCAACUAUACCACAAACACAGUGCUUGGUUGGUGGCAUUUGAUUUUGUUACAAUUUAGAAGAUGAAGCGUAAACGUGGCCAUAAGAAAAAAAAAUCAAAGGGUACUACCACCAACCCUGUAACCCUUACAAAUGCUGUAGAGGACCCAAAUAAGGAAGAACCCUCUGGUUUGGAUAUUAUUGGUAGUAAUAAUGAUAAUGAUGAUGAUAAUAAACAAGAUAAUUAUAACUCUGCUAUGGAAGUUGACACACCUUCUUCCACCGGUACCGAUCAACAUUCCAAUCAUGCUACCAUGAAUCCCGACGGUUCAAUCCAUAACGGUGCUACGAAGUCGGUUGGACGUGUUAAGGUCAAGCUCAGGAAACCAAAAAUGUUGGACUCUCAGCACAACUCAUCUGAUGCACCUUCACAAAGUGAUACUGAUAAGAGUAGCCAGCAACAUGGGCUAGGGAAACAUGGUGUGAAGGAAACCGACAGAAUUGAAGAUAGUGUGAAUUCGUUGCCUGAUUUGAAAUUCGCUGCUUCGCCAAAGAAAGCCAGUAGCAUAAAGAUUAAGUCUUCAAAGGUUUUGGGAUUAAAUGCUGACCAGACAAGCAAACCUUUGCCGGUUUCCUCUGAGAUUAGCCACCCAAAAGAAAGGAAAGCAUCUCCACUUAAUCCCCGAUAUAAUAAGCAUGAAUUGGAUACCUCCUUAAUGAUUGUAAGGAAGGUAAUGAAAAUGGAUGCUGCUGAACCCUUCAAUGUUCCUGUUAAUCCGGAAGCACUUGGCAUUCCCGACUAUUUCGAUAUCAUUGAUACACCAAUGGAUUUUGGAACUGUAUGCAGCAACCUUGAAAAGAAUGACAAGUAUAUGAAUUCGGAGGAUGUAUAUAAGGAUGUACAAUACAUUUGGGAGAACUGCUAUAAGUAUAACAAUAAGGGUGACUAUAUUGUGGAUCUUAUGAGGCGAGUAAAGAAGAAUUUUAUGAAGUACUGGACUGCUGCUGGGUUAUACACUGACCAAUCAAAAGGGACCAAAGGCGCUGAGAGGAGUACAUCAGAAGAUAUUGCACUUUCUGGUGAUGGAAAAGUAGGGAAGGGUGGACAGUCGAAGCAUAAGAAAAAAAAGCGUCAUGGAAGACACCAUAAACAUGAUUGUUUAUGUGCAAUUUGUGUGCUAAAGCGCCGGAGGAAGGAACGGGAGGAGAAUGAUCGAAUUGCAAAAGGAAAUUUUGGGUCUGGUGGUGAUAAGCAUGCUAGAGAGUUCAAGCAAGAGGAAUCCAUGCUUGUACAGAGUCCUGGUGGGGAAGAUUCAUCAUCAAACACAGAUGAAUCGAUGGGUACUGAUGGAGAUGCUGAUGAUAACAAAGGAGAGGUGGCGAAGAUGGAGACUAGUGAGAAGCAACGGAUCCCUUCUGAUGGAAGGCGUGAGGUGAAUGAAGUUGAUCAUGAUGAUAGGGUGGAGGAAGAGGACCAUGGCCAAGAGGAUGCAGAAGAGGAGGAGGAAGAUGGGGAGGGAGAAGAUGAGGAAGAGAUUGAAAUGGACAGUGAGAAGAGACAGAUGCAUGAAACUUUAAAGCACGGUGGAACCUUGGCAGAAAAAUCAGAAGUUAGAGACACAGCUGUUCUUCAUGAUGAAUAUAAAAGAAUGCAACAAGAAGGACAAGCUGCACUGUUCCAGCAGCACAAGGAGCCCCAAGAUAGACAUCAAAAAGCUAAGCUACUUGAAAGCUUAUGUUCUGAAAACCCCAUGCUUUCAAGUUUGUGUGGAACUCUCUUUCCCAAGAAUAGUCAGUCUGUGUGGAGUGGUCCGCACUCACUAUUACAUCAAAGAAAUUCUGCUCGCACUAGUUCAAUUCACGCUGCUAUUGGGUCGUUCCUGGAGUAGCUUUCUUAUUUUAAAGGGUUCGCUACUUCCAAAUAAGCCUAAUUUUUUAUGUUGUAGUUUUAUUUGACAGAUUAUAGUAUUGUAGUUAAUGGCCUUCGUCGCUAAAUGUACAAUAGUCACAAUAAUGUUUAGAGCAAUGGUAAAUUUUGUAGAUUUGUGUUUUGUUUUAUAUGCUUUUACCUUAUUUUCAUUGGUUUA